GCACAGCGCUGAGGGCAGCGGCGGGCGAGGACUUUAUCGGCGCGGAGCAACUUCUGAAAAACCUCUGCUCUCGCCUCUGAACAAAGCGUCCGUCCAACCAACCUUUGUGCCUGCGACUCGCCUGGUUCCAGGCGGGCUUUCUUGCUCCAAGGGUGAUAAAGCCCCCCAAGCUUUCCUUUUUGCGUCCCCGCGCUGCCCCAGCCAUGGUGAUGUUCAAGAAGGUGAAGAGCUUCGCGGUGCUCUUCAGCGAGCCCGACAAGAUCUACUGCAGCGGGGACAAGGUGGCCGGGCGUGUGGUCGUGGAGGUGGCCGAGGUGACCCGCGUCAACGCCGUCAAGGUGUUGGCGUGUGGGGUGGCCAAAGUGACCUGGGCCAAGGGCCCGGCCCAGUGCCGGCAGGAGAUGGAGUACCUGCGCUUCGAGGACGUGCUGGCGCUCGAGGAGCAGCCCACGGAUGACGACGGCUCCGUCAUCCUCAGACCUGGGAACAAGUACGAGUACAAGUUCGGCUUCGAGCUGCCCCAGGGGCCGCUGGGCACCACGUUCAAGGGGAAGUACGGCUGCGUGGAUUACUGGGUGAAGGCAUCCCUGGAGCGCCCUGCCUGCCCCACCCAGCAGGUGAAGAAACGCUUCGAGGUGAUGGAUCCUGUGGAUGUGAACACCCCGGAAUUGCUGUCCCCAGUUGCAGCCAAGAAGGAGAAGAAGGUGUCUUGUAUGUUCAUCCCGGACGGACGCGUGUCUGUCAGCGCCCAGAUCGACAGGAAAGGCUUCUGUGAAGGCGACGAGAUCUGCAUCAACGCGGACUUUGAGAACACGUGCUCGCGCAUCGUGGUGCCCAAGGCGGCCAUCGUGGCCAAGCACACCUACCUGGCCAACGGCCAGACCAAGGUCUUCUGCCAGAAACUCUCCUGUGUCCGCGGCAACCACAUCAUCUCGGGCACCUCCGAGUCCUGGCGCGGCAAAACCAUCCGCGUGCGCAAGCUCAAACCCUCCAUCCUGGGCUGCAACAUCCUGCGUGUGGAGUAUUUCCUGCAGAUCUACGUCAGCGUCCCGGGCUCCAAGAAAAUCAUCCUGGAGCUGCCGCUGGUCAUCGGGAGCCGCUCGGGCAUCGGGAGCCGCAGCUCCAGCAUGGCCAGUCAGACCAGUUCCGAGAUGAGCUGGGUCGACCUGAACCUCCCGGAUGCUCCAGAGGCCCCCCCGUGCUAUCUGGACAUCGUUCCCGAGGAUCACCGGCUGGAGAGCCCCACCACUCCCCUCCUGGAUGAUCCCGACGGAUUCGACAGCCCCAUCUUCAUGUACGCGCCGGAGUUCAAGUUCAUGCCCCCCCCCACCUACACGGAGGUGGAUCCCUGCGUCGCCAACAACAACAACAACAACAACGUGCAGUGAGCGCCGCGGCCGGCGGCUCGCUUAUCCCGGACUCGGCUCCGUGUGCCGCCCGCCCGCGGCAGGGCACCUGCUCCCAAGGAACUGCCACAUUCCCGGGGAACGUUCCUGAGAGGAGCCACCGCCUCCGGUGGCCGCUGGAACCUUCCAGAAAAAAAACCCCGGGCGCUCCGAGCCGGCGGAGAGCCUUCGUGGACUGGCAGAGGAGAGAGAGAUGAGGGCGGA